UUCGCAUACUUGAAGAAAUCCAUCAAUGGCAAGAAAGACUACCGUGGCAAAAGUCGGAUCUAAAGGUCCAGGAUCUACAAAGAAGACGAUUCAAGCUGUCCGACCAACGGUCCGCACCCAAGGAGCGGUUACUCGCUCUCAGGCUGCUCUUCGUGGACAUAUGGGGAUCACUGACUCUUCGACUUCGACCAGUUCAUCUCGAAUUCCGAAGGAGAAGUUGAAAAAGAAGGCAUCAUCUCGUAGCCGUUCAAGAUCCCGUUCGAAAUCUACUCGCCGCUCACGUUCAAAGUCUACUCGCUCACGUUCCAGAUCGAGAUCUCGAAGCCGCAGUAGCACUCGUGGAAAGAAGCGUGCUCCAAAGAAGGCAGUUACCACGAAAGCCGCUCGAUCUAUCUCUCCCGUCAAAGUGAAAAAGACAGAAGCCAUCAAAUCGCGUGGAAGCAGCAAAACCGCCCGUCGUGUGUCUGCGGCUCACAAGUAAAUAAUCGUCGCUUCUUGAUGGCAAGGUAGAAAAGAGAUCUUUCCGGGAUAUAACUAUGAAUAAAAAUAUUGUGAUUUG